AUGACAGACAUCCACGACUCACCAGACCGAGAAGGCGAGAGUUCAAGCAAAGAAGACCACAAAAUGACGCCGAACGUAUUACUCAAGACCCCAGAAAUCUUUUCACAGCUCCAUCUCGUUCGCGAUAAUGACAAUCCUGAUUGUUACAGCUAUCAUCUGGACCCAUCAUUGCCUGCAGCAUACUCACUUCUGGGUGACUCGAAGACGAUAGAGCCACUGUACCGAAAGGAUCACACGUUGGUUCUGAUGGGAGCGGCAGUGGAGGGUCUAGUAGGAGAUGAAGAAGAGACGAGGCAACAAUUGGCGAGUUGUACUGUAAAAAGGAAGGUUUUUUGGGAGAGGAAGAGUACCCUACCUCUUUGGACGCAAUUGAAGAUCUUUUCUCAUACCGAAGGCUACGAGGGAGCGGAAAGUCAGAGUGAAAACGGAGUUGAUGUUCAAGUAUUCUGGACCUCUUCUCAGUUAGAGGCCAAGUGGGCGAUGUCUGUCCCAUUGCCACAACCGAAUGUCGAUCCACAAACUCCGAUCCUGGAGCCCGCUUCAGAGAAAAACACUGUGGAGUCCGAGGAAAUUGUUGAAAAAAACGACCCCCAAUUUUACAGUGUGGUAUUGAAGUCCAAGCCAGCACGCGCACACCAAAGAACUCCCACAGUCUACCACGAGAAAACCUUUGAAUGGAUGCAGGAUUCCCCUGGGAGAUCCUUUAAACUCACUUUCUCGCCAGAGGACUCGCCAGUAGCAGAGUUUAUCCUCGAAGCUUCGGAGCAGAGGAAGGCUCAAGGUGUCAAGGGUCAGUUGUUCUUCAGAGAUUACUGUGGUAAGGAGUGGGAGGGGGUGGUACUCGCUUCUUUGGGGGCGUUGAUGUAUAUUCAGGAUUUGAAGGGAUUGGAUAAUUUGACGAGUACAUCUGGGCUGGAUAAAGUGAGAGAGACCGAAGAAAAGCUCUGCGGCUGUCCAUCUUGAUCCGCAUCGAGAGUUUUCCAUCGGUCGAGGUUUUAUUCUAUGCUCAAGACAGAGUUUGAGAUACUGGGACUUUUUCAUCAGUAUGUCUUGUUCCUUCAUUACGUAUGUAACGCAAAUUAACUCGGAGGGUAGAGCAUCAUAUAACCUCCAGGACUUUGAGUCAGCUGCUUCAUGCCCAUAUGGGAAUGCUUUUGAGUACGCAGACGGGUCUUGA